UCCGCCACCCAAGACUUGUCGUAUUUCCAUUGGACCUCAAUUUUCCCCAGCCCCUCUAUUUUUUAAAGUUCCUCAUUUCCUCGCUUCCCUCAUUUUCGUUUUCACUCAUUCGCACGCAAAUCCCUAGCGGAGGGACUUGUCUUUGAUUUAAUUACGUUUUAUUUAUAAGCAAAGAUGUCGCCAACUGAAUCAUCGCGAGAGGAAAAUGUCUACAUGGCCAAGUUGGCUGAGCAGGCUGAACGUUAUGAAGAAAUGGUGGAGUUUAUGGAGAAAGUUGCAAAAACUGUGGAUGUCGAGGAGCUAACCGUGGAGGAAAGGAAUCUCCUUUCUGUAGCUUACAAAAAUGUGAUUGGGGCUAGAAGAGCUUCAUGGAGGAUCAUCUCUUCCAUUGAGCAAAAAGAAGAAAGUAGGGGAAAUGAAGAUCAUGUUACAAUAAUCAAGGAGUAUAGGGGCAAGAUUGAGUCCGAGCUUAGCAAGAUCUGUGAUGGGAUUCUGAGCCUUCUUGAGUCACAUCUCAUUCCCUCUGCUUCUGCCGAGUCGAAAGUCUUUUACCAAAUGAAGGGUGAUUACCACAGGUAUCUGGCCGAGUUUAAGACUGGAACCGAGAGGAAGGAGCUGCUGAAAACUCAUUUGGAUAACUUUUGGUGUCUCUUAAUCUAGGACAUUGCCCUUGCUGAAUUGGCUCCAACUCACCCAAUAAGGCUGGGACUUGCACUUAACUUCUCCGUGUUUUAUUAUGAAAUCCUUAACUCUCCUGAUCGAGCUUGCAAUCUUGCCAAGCAGGCUUUCGAUGAAGCUAUCUCUGAGCUUGAUACAUUAGGUGAGGAGUCGUAUAAAGAUAGUACAUUGAUCAUGCAACUUCUCCGAGACAAUCUCACACUCUGGACUUCUGACAUUACGGACGAUGCUGGGGAUGAGAUCAAGGAAGCAUCAAAACGUGAUUCGGGAGAGGGGGGACAGCAGUGAUGAGUUCAAUUCAUAGGACAUGUGCUUUGUACUUUUUCUGUUUAUGAGAUUUAUAUAGAUGCCAUGUGGGUUGUUGUAGUUGGAUUUGUUAAUGGAUCAAUUAUCUUGAGUGUUGAUGGCACUUGGGAUUGAAAUGUUUCAGUGGAUUAUAUUUGAGCUUUAUUUGAUGAGAUUAAUUUGGUUUGACGUC